CUCCCUCCGCCCAGCCCCGCUGGGGGCGGUCCUCCAGCUUCCCACAACCCCCCUCGGCCUCUUCCUGGCUAAGAUGGCGGCCGCGGCUUUGUGCUGCCGGGGGCCCUGCAGGACGGGCUGGCUGCCCACCCUGCAGAUCGUCCGCCAUGCCAAGUCAGUCACUCGUCACUGGAAAGCAAUGCACUUUGAGCGGCAGAAACUGAUGGCGGUGACGGAAUACAUCGCCCCCAAACCAGCCAUCCCAGAGAAGUGCGUCACUCCCUACAUCAGAGCAAUCAAGGAGGAGAAUGGCUAUGCAAAGCUGUUACGCCGGCAAGUGACGGAGACGUUCCGGGACAGUAAAAUGAUCGCUGUGUGUCAGCACAACUUUAUGCCCAGCGAGGAAAUGCUGCUCAUGAAACACCGCCUCAGGAAGCACAACAUCCAUGUCAAGUUCUUCCCUAAUGAGAUCGUGAGACCAUACCUUUCAGUAUCCAAAUACAAGAACCUCCUUCCUCUCUUUGUGGGCUGCAGUCUCAUGUUAGUGAGCCCAGAAAUCAAGGCGAAGGAAAUGUUGCGAAUCCUGAAGAACGUGCCACAGAUAAGCCUCCUAGCAGGUGCAAGAGGAGUUUGUGUUAACUCAGUCCAGUGGCAGCCCGGCUGGUGCAGCUCCCUGAUGGCAGAAGGCUGGAGGGAAUUGCUCCUUGGGUCUCAUGGACCCGUGACUGUACAAAGACGUCGCUGCACAAGAGAACAACUUUGAACCAGGCUUGCAAACAGCGACACUGAAAUAUGUUUAACUGGGCAUGUGGGGCGGUUUACUGGACGGCUGAAGAGGCGGGAGCUCUUUAGGUCACUGGUUGAAAUUCAGUCCAGGAUGGGAGCGAUCCAAAGCCCUGACCACCGCAUGACUGCUAGGGGGAUGAAUUGGUCUGAGUGCAGGUGCUACAUCACAUUAGCAUGCCCCCUCCCGCCUUUGUUGGCAGAGUUGGAGACCAGGAUCACGCUCCCCUUGAAGUGACCCCCUUCAAGUCAGGUCUGAGUCACUUUGGCAGGGAAGCUCGCACUGCUGCUACCUGCUUUCUAGGUCCUGUCUACUGAACUGAGCACAGGGCUAGGAGCCAGGAACUCCCCGGUUCUUUUCCUGACUUUGUCACUGAUUUGCUGCCAGACUUCGAGCAAAUCAUAUCACCUUUUCCCUUCCCCCUCUGCAAAGAAGGCAACACGGUCUCCAGGGUUGUAAAUCCAGCAGCUGUGACCAGCAUUAAACUCCCAUAACCAAGCACCUUCAUAACACACCCAUGGAAAAUAAGAGAUCCCUGGCUCUCUUUCCAGCUUUUGCAUUGUAGCCAGUAUCUUGCACUCAGCCGUGUCUGCUCCUCUCUUGUCUUUCAGGUGCCUGUAUUGACAACACCAUCCUAAGCAACCAGGGGGUCGUAAACUACUCCAAGCUGCCCGCUAUGGAAAUCAUCCAGGGGCAAGUGGUGGGCACUCUUUCUCUCUUGGCAUCCCAGACAUGUGCUCUCCUGCGUCACAGCCCUGUGCACCUCACGGCUUUGCUGGACCAGUACAUCAAAGAGCAAAGUGGUGGAGAUGGGGAGACUGAUGGGAAGGCAGGGGAAGGCCAGGCUGAUUUGGGGCCUGCCCAGAGUUCUGUGGGCCUUUGAUGCCAGGUCCCUGGCACCCUGUGUAUUAACCACAUCCUGUACAUAGAGGCUUAUAGCAGGGAGCGUGUUCCUGUCAGUUUCAUCUCAGGUGGGUGGGGAUUAGUGGGAGAGGCCAAUUGCCUGUCUAAGCCAACAACAGAAUUAGCAGGAAAAAGAUCCUAGAGGACUAACCUGUCAGACUGGUGCUAAUGUAAUGUGCUACUGUUUGGGGGUGGAGUCUGCAAGGUGGGUCCAGUCCCCCCGUUUCUCAGCGUGGACAUGCGAAGCUAUUCCUCCCUCCACUUUCUGUAACGCCCCCUCUCGUCAGUUGGUAAUGCCACUGCUGGAUCAUCCCGAGUCUUCCUCAGUGGGAAGGAUUGUUCUGUGAUGUGGGGAGUGGAGCGGACACUGUUUGAAGUAGUGCAUGCUUUCCAACCACCACCAAUUCAGCUGUGAGAAUCACUUGCUCUGGGGGGCCAGAAAGCAUACAGGGAAAUUCAGAGUCCCUCUCUCAAUUAGGGGAACAGAAAGGCAGCCACCUCUAGGGUGGAAGGCACCAACUGUUUAACAACACACAGUAACACUCCUCUACAGUUUUAAGACAGGAAGUGAAGAAGACACUGAAACAGCAGGCUAUGCUCGGGACACAGAACGGAGGGAUAUGCCUUCAUGGCAGCUGGAAAGUGUACAUCUGCCCGCACUGGGAAUUACACACGUUAGCUCUGCUUAAGCUCCCCCCUAAAUAUAGCACUGGGUCCGCCGUGGCUCGAGCUAGCCGCCUGUGUAUAGUCUCACCCAACCCCCUUGGUUGUACUCAAGUGGCUAGUCCGUGCGGCUGUGGCCACACUGCUAUUUUUAGGUGCUAGCUUGAGCAGAGCUAGUGCACGUACGUCUGCCCCAGCAGGGUAUUAUAUCUCCCAGCUGCUGUGUCGACGUCCCCUUCGUGGUUAACCCUAGAGCAGGAUGGACACUUUCUAUGGAGACAUCUUUGCGGACAGAAAAUGGCUUUUAUUUAUUUUUUUGUAAAACAGAAUUUCUCGGGGGAGGAACGGGGCAUCUGUUCUUGUUAAACUGUGAAAGAUUUUGGAGUCUUCAAUUAUAUCCUGCAGAUAUUUUAAGACCAAUCUUUUUUGUGUUGGAAACAUUUUACCGAGGAGGAAAAAAAGGGAAAGGAAAGGUGCUCAGCUUUAGCUAAUAGCUCUGUUCUUUCAGAUGGGGCCCAACGGUAGAGAGCUUGACUAUCCUGCUUAUUUUUCUCAGAUGGGCCGCCCCUGCCUGUCCUCCCCCGGGGUGAACCUCCUGCUUGUCUCUCAUCUGUGCUUCAGUCCGGCACAGAAGUGCUACAGCCCAGUGCCUUCCUAAGAGCAAUGGCAGGCACCCUGCCCCACGUGCCAGUGGGACGUUAGCAAAAUAGCGUUCAUAGUGUAGUCAAGUGGCAGCCAAUCUGUCCUCUUCGCUGCUGUUUGCAGGGUCUGGGUAGCAAUGGGGAAUUGAAGAUGUGGAGGCAGAUUUUAGCCCUGAUGUAAAUGGGACUAACACCACUGACGUGAGUGGACUUGUGCCUCGCUGAAGCAGGGCUGCGGAUGGCAUAAAUCGACAGGCCUGCUGCUUUGUCCUAACAUUGUCGACGCCGCCAGUUAAAUUGUUAUUGGCGUAGGCCCCCGAUUUUUUUUUUUUUUUUUUUUUUCCCCUGAUAGCUUUGGCCGCAAACUUGCAUGGACUGGAGCCAGGCAGUAGCAGUGACAAUACUGCCUGCCGCCUCCAAAGAUGGAAAAACUCUGAAAGCGGGUUCCGGCUUGAGUGUUAACAGGCACCUGUGGACAGCUCCUUCGUCUGUGCUUUGAACUGAGCUUUGCAAAGCAUCGAGGCCUGGCCCCAGCCUGGCUGUGGGAGUGAAAUGGGAGGACUCAUUAAUAAACACUGUUUUCUAGAA